CAAUCAAACCCCCAGGCAAUCAUGAUAAACUGUACUGUAAUUCGUUAUCCCAAAAACAGAAAAAUAAAUAAAUAUGGCAGCAAUCAUUCAACGCACGCUUAAAACGUGUUACUUCAAGUCUCUUCUGAGAUUCCUACAAGUGAAGAAGAACCCAAUUGAGUUAUCUUCAAAAUCUAAGAAACAUUUGAAGAAAAUAUGAUGAAAGGAUCAUGUUUUCUUGUGUUUGUUCUUGUUCUGAAUCUAAUCAUUGAUAUUCAGAGUGUUACUGGCACUAAGGAUGUCAGUAGUUUCGAGAGGAAAGAUUUGGAUAGAGUGUACAAAUUACCCGGACAAUCGUUUGAGGUUAAUUUUGCACAUUAUUCUGGGUAUGUUGAUGUCAAUAAAGACAAGGCUUUGUUUUAUUGGUUCUUUGAAGCUGUUGAAAACCCAUCUUCAAAACCUCUUCUUCUUUGGCUCAAUGGAGGUCCUGGUUGCUCUUCUAUUGCAUAUGGAGAGGCAGAAGAGAUUGGUCCUUUUCAUAUUAGACCUGAUGGGAAGACCCUUUAUCAAAACCCUUACUCUUGGAAUCAAGUGGCCAAUGUGUUAUUCCUCGACUCUCCGGUUGGUGUUGGUUUCUCCUAUUCAAACAAAUCCGAAAAUUUGCUGAAUAAUGGGGAUGCAAGUACUGCUGAAGAUUCAUUAGCAUUUCUAUCCAAUUGGCUAGAGAGAUUUUCCGAGUAUAAAGGAAGAGAGUUCUAUCUCAGUGGAGAGAGCUAUGCAGGACAUUAUGUUCCUCAGCUAGCUGAAGCUAUAGUGAAGCAUUAUAAGAAAACCGGGGAUAAGUCAAUCAAUCUAAAGGGCUACAUGGUUGGGAAUGCUGUAACUGAUGAUUACCAUGAUGACUUGGGUAUUUUCCAAUUUAUGUGGUCUACCGGUUUGAUAUCUGAUCAAACGUACAAGCUGCUGAAUGCUUACUGUGACUCUGAAUCCUCCACUCACCCCUCAUCUGAAUGCAAUAAGAUUCUUGAUGUUGCUGACAAAGAAAAUGGAAACAUCGACGCAUACAGCAUUUACACCCCUUCCUGCACAGCUACAGGCAGCAGACUAUCUUUAAAUCACUUGCGGAGAAGAUUUCAUUCGGUUGCGCCCUUGGGUGAGAAGUAUGAUCCUUGCACCGAAGCUGACUCAACAAUUUACUUCAAUUUACCCGAGGUUCAAAAGGCACUUCAUGUAAAUCCAGCAGUUGCACCAACUAAAUGGAAGACUUGCAGUGAUGAAGUAAGUGCUGACAAUUGGAAGGAUUCACCCAGGUCGAUGCUGCCCAUUUACAAAGAGCUCAUAAAAGAGGGGCUUCGAAUUUGGAUGUUCAGUGGUGAUACAGAUUCUGUAAUCCCUAUUACCGCCACAAGGUACAGCAUUGAUGCCCUCAAGCUUCCAACUGUUUCUCCGUUUCGUGCUUGGUACGAUGAUGGCCAGGUUGGAGGAUGGACUCAAGGUUACGAAGGUCUGACAUUUGUUUCGGUGAGAGGAGCUGGUCAUGAAGUCCCUCUACACAGACCUAAACUUGCACUAACUCUUGUCAAGGCGUUCUUGUCGGGAAAUGCCAUGCCAAGUUUAUCCGUGCAACAUGCCGAUUCUUAAUCAUAUUGUAGCUUUCCUUUUAUACAUCCCAAUUAAGCAAUAUUAUUGGACUUCUGGCCAAUUUCUGUGCACUACUUUUUUUCCCUAAAGGACUGGAUUGAGCUGAUAUCAUGUUUAUCUUCAUAAAUAGCCACUUCCAGAUGAUAUCCAUGAAUGUUGUGACAUAAGUAGUACUCCCAAGUCCCAACCAUUGUUGUUACUUGUAAGCCAAAAGUGGAAUACACCCACCAAAUUCAUCAUGCUUUAAACCUAAAUUUAGAAAUGCCAUUGGUUUAAAUUUUGUCGGC